AUGGCCUCAAAACGACGGAAAUUAGAUACUGCUGAACAGCCUGCAGCUCAAAGUGCUUUUGCUAGAUUGCGAAAUCUGCGCAGUCAAGGGAAGGCACCUGAAACUGAAACACCUGCUGCCAAACCCCAAGUGCAAUCACAAGAAGGGCAAAUCACGUCUGUUAGCGCAGAAGCAGCGGUUGAAGUGUCAUCAACUACUACCCCCAAAAGAUCCAAGAGAGGGCGGGCGACGCAGAAAACCGUAGAGAAGACGGUUGUUGUAUCGACUCCAGUCUCCAAGCCACAAGCUGAAGGCAGCAGUAGUGGCCUGGCCACGCCAUAUGCGAUCGCGGCAGAUUCAGAGGAAAUUGCGGAAGACAUUCCCGUCAUUCCGCAAGCGCCCAUCCUCCAAUUUUCUAGCUUUAAUCCGACAAAAAGCAAUUUCAGAAAGAAAGCUGGAGGUAAAUUGCAGCUAAAGCUCGCUGACGGAGAGCGCCUUGUGAUUUUGGGCAGCUACGGCGUUACCGUGACCAGUGGAAACAUCACCAUCUGUGGUGCUACUUUACGAGCUACAGAAAAGACUCAUUGGGUACAUGCAUCUCAUUGUCAAGCGCUCCCCGUUAUCAGAUGCCCAGACGGUGCGAGUAUAGAACUGGGACCAUGCCCCGGAGCACAGAGCUUGAGACAACUGGGCAGAGUAUCCCCCCUCUUCCGUGGCCUAUGGGACGAAUCCUCAACUUCAGAAGGCGGAAAGCCAGAAAGCUCGACCUUUACCAUACUAUACACUUCUGCCGACGGUCCCAAACGAGCACUCCUCUCGGAUCUGAAAUCACCUCCAGAAUGGAAUCGCGAGAUUGAUAGUCUAGUCAAAGCGUCGCGCAGUAAACCCGCGUCCGCAAUAAUCACUGGCCCAAAGUCAGCAGGCAAAUCUACCUUUGGCAGAUUAUUGGCCAAUCAACUCUUGACCGACGAAAGAUCAGGGAAGAAGCAACACAGUGGCAUAGCUAUUCUCGAUCUUGACCCAGGCCAGCCUGAGCAUGGUCCGCCCGGGCAAAUAUCUCUAGUUCGCAUAACCGAGCCAGUUCUCAGCCCAACUUUCUGCCGAACACUACCCGAAUCAACACCUGGAUCGGGUCGCUCUAUCGUUCGAUCUCAUACAUUAGCAGCUGUCUCGCCCUCGUCAGACCCGGAUCUUUACCUCUCAGUCGUCGCUGACCUGGUAACGCAUUAUCGCAAUAGGUUUGCUAGCUUACCUCUGGUUGUGAACACACCGGGCUGGGUGCAAGGUACUGGUUUGGACCUGUUGGUAUCCUUGAUUGAAACAGCAAAACCAACACACGUCGUGUACAUGGCACCGGGGCCUCUUGAUGUUAUCGAGACCUUGCAAGCCAGCUUCAGGUCCGGGAAAGUUGCAAUACUUCCAUCACAGAUAAGCCAGUAUACAUCCCGCACUGCGGCUCACCUACGGACAAUGCAGACAUUGUCAUAUUUCCAUUCCGAAGCCAAGGCCAGUGUUCAGACGUGGAAUCCCGAACCUCUUUCCGCCCUUAUGCCUUGGUGCGUACGUUAUUCCGGCCCAUCGCCCGGUAUAAUUGGCAUCAUGUGUUACGAUUUCCAAGCACCGGUAGACAUCCUAGCGGACGCCAUCAAUGGCACAAUUCUUGCCAUAGUGGAGGUUGAGAGUUCCAUGGCAUUUCAAUCGAACAAGAGCAAGGGAGCUGAGAAUCCGUCCAGCCUUGAUGAUAUGGACCUGGACCAGACAUCUCCACGUUUCGCCAAAAAGACUGGAGAUCAAUUGGUCACUCACACACCAGAAGGCAUUCCAAUCAUGCAAUCUGGAGUGACCCUUGACCCCAGAUAUUCCCACACCAUCGGACUUGCUCUUCUGCGUGGCAUAGAUACAGAAAAUCACGUUCUCCAGUUGCUGAGCCCUGUACCCGACGAAAGGAUCAACCAAAUUGUCGAAAAGGGCGGGAAGAUUGCCCUUGUAAGUGGCAGGUUUGAUCCGCCCGGGUGGGCUUACACGGAAGAUCUCUACUACCAAUCAUCAACUGUCAACGAUGUCGAUGUCGACGAGCAAAUCGAUAUCAUAGGAGAAGACGAGGCGAUCGAUUCAGAUCAUGAGCCGUCCAGCACAGACUUGGAAUCUGCGUCCAUGCCAACGCCCUGGAUCGAGGUUCUUCAAGGUAGUCAGAAACGCGGCAAUGGAUCUCGUGUCUGGAGAGUACGACGAGACCUUGGGCGAACGAAUAGUGCGAAAUAA